UCAGGGGGUUUUGAACGCUGCGCAAACUUGCAUAUAAAUGAUCCCCUCCUCUAAUUGAAGGCACAAGUGAUGCUUGCCAUGCGGAUCGACUCUAACUCCGACAAAAGGUUGCAUGAACUGCGAUUUUCCCAGCUGAGAGCAGUUUAAUGUGCUCUCCAUCCUUUUAUUUGAGAGGAUUACACCUUCCUUCAGUAACGAUGGUUUCUGUGAUCUGGGACUGGAGGUUAUCAUGUCUUCUUCUUCAGGCAGCUGUUUUGCUGCUGCUCAGCAAGGGGGAGAGGAUGUGCCCCACAAGUUGUCGCUGUGAAGGAAAGAUUGUGUAUUGCGAAUCUGGCAUCUUCCAAGACAUCCCAGAAAACAUCACCACUGGAUGCCAAGGUCUGUCUCUGCGCUAUAACAACCUGCUGGUCCUGCUGCCAUACCAGUUUGCUCAUCUCAAUCAGCUUAUAUGGCUUUACUUGGACCACAACUCCAUCAGUGUUAUAGAUGCUUUAGCCUUCCAUGGUGUGCGUCGGCUCAAAGAAUUGAUCCUCAGUUCCAACAAGAUCACACAUCUGCACAAUAACACGUUCAGCGCCAUACCCAACCUGCGCAAUCUUGACUUGUCCUACAAUCAGCUACAGUCCCUGCAGCCAGGCCAUUUCUAUGGCCUGCGCAAGCUACAAAACCUCCACCUUCGAUCGAACGGUGUGAAACAGAUCUUCGUUCGCACGUUUCUGGAAUGUCGCAGCCUGGAGUUCCUAGACCUGGGUUAUAAUCGCUUGCGGAGCCUCACCCGCACAACUUUCUUAGGGUUGUUCAAGUUGAAAGAGCUGCAUUUAGAGCACAAUCAAUUUUCCAGAAUCAAUUUCUUUCUUUUCCCGCGCCUUACCAACCUCGAGGCUCUUUAUUUGCAGUGGAACCGCAUACGAUCCAUCAGUCAGGGCUCGCCUUGGACCUGGCAGAGACUACAGAAAUUAGACCUUUCAGGGAAUGAAAUCCAUGUCCUGGACCCAGCUGUUUUUCAGUGUAUGCCAAACUUGCAAAUACUCAAUCUUGAAUCUAACAAGCUCAGUGGCGUGCCUAUGGAAGCCGUAGCAGCAUGGACCUCCCUGAACACAAUCAGCCUGGCUGGUAAUGCCUGGGACUGCAGCCCCAGCAUCUGCCCUCUCAUGGGAUGGCUCAAAACCUUCAGAGAUCCUAAGGACAUCAGCAUGAUAUGUAGCAGCCCCAAGCCCAUGCAAGGAGAAAGGGUUGUGGAUGUUGUGAGGAACUACUCAAUAUGUGUGGACAUACCCAGUGUGCUCUCAACCACUGCUCUGAUCAUACUGACAUCAACCCCAGUUGUGAACAUUACAGCCCACCCGGCUCCCCCUAGCGUUACGAAGCAGCGACCUCCUGAGACACCUGUGCAGAGGUUAACGCCUCCACCUGUCCCUCCCACUGUGACCGGCAGAAAGGCAAUGGAGUCCACAGCCGUGAUCUCCACAGGGCCCAUCUCCCCAGAAACAUCCCCAUCAAUUAUCCCUGAGCUACAGUUCGAACAUAUGGCUUUCCAUAAAAUCAUUGCAGGCAGCGUAGCCCUGUUUCUGUCACUGUCAUUGAUCCUUCUGGUUAUUUAUGUCUCGUGGAGGCGCUACCCCAACACCGUGAGGCAGCUGCAGCAGCACUCAGUCAACCACAAGCGCAGGAAAAAGGGCCGGAAGCAGGAGCUAGACCUGAACUCUCAGUUGCAAGAGUACUAUCUGAGUUACCAUUCAAACUCGGAGACCAUGGACUCUCUGGUGAAUGAGACAAGGCCAUGCACCUGCACAAUAUCAGGAUCCAUAGAAUGUGAGGUCUGAGUGGCCCACCCCACCUCUAAAGACAAAAUUGCACUUGCAAAGCAGAGGUGAAUGGUUUUCCACAAAACAAAAUGCUUUUACCUCUAAAUGGGGUGAUUGAUUUUUAUGGUAUUUAAGAAAUACCUGUGUACACCAAUGGAGUGCAUCAUAAUUAUGUG